AGUCUUCUGCCAUUCGCAGUGGUUGGUAGCAACGAGGAAAUAAACAUCAAGGGCAAGGCAGUCCGUGCUCGUCAAUACAGAUGGGGUUCGGUCAUGGUAGAGAACGAAGCACACUGCGACUUCGUUCACUUGAGGGAGAUGCUACUUCGAGUUAAUAUGGAGGAUCUCCGAGACCGCACCCAUACCAUCCACUAUGAGACAUACCGGAAGGCUCGGCUUACUGAGAUGGGCUUUCAGGAUGAUGAAAAAAUGACUCUACAGGAAACUUAUGAAAAGCGCCGAGAGCUACAGAGGAGAGAACUACAGCAAAAAGAGGAAGCAAUGCGCGACAUGUUCGUUCAGAGGGUGAAGGAAAAAGAACAGGCUCUCAAGGAGGCCGAAAGAGAGUUGCAGGCCAAAUUUGAAGCUAUCCAAAAGCAGAAUGCAGAAGAAAAGCGAAAAUUUGCUGAGAAACGUCAACUAUUUGAGGAAGAGUUGGCCGCAUUCGAACGCCGAAAACAAGCCGUAGAACAAUCAAAACAAGCCCCCACCAUUACCGAUAUGCACAAUGGCUAA